AUGCGUUUCAAAAUACAUGCAUACCUUUUCUUUUUAAUAAUAAUAUCAGAAGAAAUCCUUGCAAUUAAUAAUAUACAUAAUCUUAGACUUUAUAGAAAACGCGCAAUUAAUCAAAAUGCCUUUGAGGAUUGUUUAAAACCAAUAACCGGUGAAAAAGUAUUCAAAUCAAGUCCCAAUUACAACUCUACAAUCAUCGAUGAAAACUCUGCUAUAGAAUUCUUUCCCAACGCCAUCGUAUUUCCAAAUUCAGUUAAUGACACACAAUUAGCUAUCAAAUGCGCUAAAUCCUUCAACUUAAAUAUAACACCAAGAUCAGGCGGACAUUCCUACGAGAGUUAUUCGUUGGGUGGCAAAGAUGGUGCUUUGGUGGUUGAUUUGAAAAAUUUCAAACAGAUACAGAUUGACAAAAUCAACAAUUUAGUUAAGGUUGGUGCUGGUAAUAGGCUUGGAAAUAUUUAUUUUGCUUUAUCUAAAGAUAAUUAUGUGGUGCCAGCCGGAACUUGCCCUUCAGUUGGUAUUUCUGGCCAUAUUUUAGGUGGUGGAAUUGGAAAUUUGGUAAGAAAAUUCGGUAAAUUGUCGGAUCAAUUAGUAUCGGUGGAAAUGGUGCUCGCAUCCGGUGAAUCCAUUACAGUCGAUACAAAUAAUCGUCCGGAUUUAUUUUUUGGAUUGAGAGGUGGUGGCGGUGGUAAUUUUGGAAUCGCCACAUCUUUCACAAUCAGAAUUCACAAAAUUGUUCCAAAAGUCACCACAAUUAGUAUUACAUGGGAUCUAACCACUCAACAACUACAUAAAGUUUUCAAUUCAGUGCACAAAAACAGCAAUGGACUCACAACAGAUCUUACAUUCAAUAUCGUACUCACGCCAGAUGAAAUUACACUUUCUGGUGUAUAUUUGGGCGAUAAGAACUCUGCAUCAAAAGUAAUGAAUGCAUUUUUAAAUGGUGUUGGUUCUGAAGGUUUGCAAUUGUUCGAAGAAUCGUGGUUUGAUUCGGUGGUUAGAACUUCGUUUGAGUCAAGAGAUAGAAAUAUAAAUCCGAAAAUUACACCUUAUAACUUUAAAGCUAAAUCCUUCUUGGUCGGAAAAUCAGGGCUAUCAACCAAUGGUUUAGACACAUUAGUGGAAUUUCUAAAGAAAAUCCCGUGUGAUACAUUUGCUGAAUUCGAUGUAUUCGCUGGUGGUAUUAAUGUCAAUCCUAAUAAAUCAAUCUUACAACAUUUGGAUUUCUUCUACGGUAUACAAUUAUUAACAUCGGGUUGGAAAUCAGACACACAAGGAAACGUUUGUAUUAAACAAAUUAACGAUUUCGGUAAAUCAUUCCAACGUGAUUUCACAUCUCCUUCCAGUUACAUAAAUUAUAUAGAUAGGGAUUUAGACGAUUGGCCAACUAGAUAUUAUGGUGACAAUUUAAAAACUUUACAAAUUUUAAAAUCAAAUGUUGAUCCACAACAAUUAUUUAAAUUUCCUCAAACGGGAGAAGAUUCAGAUAUUUUAGAAUUUUUGAAUCGUAAAUUAGCAAAUUUAUCUGUAUCUCCUAACGAUGAUAAUGUCGAUAUGUCGGAAACUAAUGAUGGUUUACCUGUUUGUGACACAUCUGACUUGCUGCCAAGAUAUUCACAAGCUAUUAUUGCAGCUGUUUACUCUAAAAUUCCUUCUUUUCGUCUUGCUGCAAUUACAAGACUUCGAAAAUAUCUUUCUUUUCAAAAAGUUGAUCAAAGGGUUGAAAAUGUUCUUGAUUUAGAUAUAGUGCCCUUGCUCAUCGAAUUUCUUGAAGAUCAUAAUGAUAAUAUGUUACAGUAUGAAACAGCUUGGAUUAUCACAAAUAUAGCCGCUGGCUCUACACGACAGAUUCAAGUAAUAGUUUCAGCCGGUGUUAUACAACAUCUUGUUGAUGUUUUAACAAAAUCAAAUAAAAUGGAAGUGCAAUCACAGAUUAUAUGGGCUUUGGGAAAUAUAGCAGGAGAUAGAGCAACGUUCAGGGAUAUUAUUUUAUCAACCGGUGUACUUGAUACAUUUAUUUAUUUGUUGAAGAAUUAUGGCCAAUACAAUUAUAUGAUUGUUAGGAUAACUGUUUGGGCCGCUGCAAAUCUUUGUCGUGCUUGUUCUUCUGCAUGUGAUUCUUGGUCAUCAAUUUCAGGAGCAUUUUCAAUUUUUGCAGAUAUUGUACAAUUAGAUGAUGCUGAGAUAAUUUCAGAUUCCUGUUGGGCAAUGUCUAGAAUAUUGAAUGGUACUCAUCGCCAAGAUUGUAAUUUGAUAGUUGAUAAUAAAUUGUGUCGUCGUCUAGUUGAGAUACUAAACAAAAAAAAUUAUGAUUCUUCAAUUCAUUUGCCUGUUCUACGUACUAUAGUUAACAUUACAUCCGGAGCAGAAAAACAAACACAAUCGGUAAUAGAUGCAGGUGCAUUAACUACAUUAGCAAAUUUGUUUUUAACAGGCAAAAAUACAACAUUAAGGCGUUAUGCUUGUCUUGCCAUUUCAAAUAUAGCCGCUGGUACUUUUUGUCAGGUAGAAGCCGUUCUUAAAGAACCAAGUCUAAUUGAUCAUAUUGUCAUGUUACUUUGGGAUAGUGAUAUAAGAGUUGUGAAAGAAGCAUGUUGGGUACUUAGCAACGUUACAAGAUUACAUGAUCCUGGUCACACAAAUUUUAUUUUACAAUAUGAUAUACUUGCUCCACUUUUACCAAUUUUAAAAAAUUUAUCAACACCCGAGGAAUUUCUGCAUAAAGUUAUUGAACUAUUUGUUAAUAUAUUAUCAGUCGGUGAUAUGUGCAGGUCAUCACAAACAACAAUUUCACAAAAUCCUUACGCAAAGCAAUUUAUUGAUGUUGGUAUAGUUGAUGCUCUUAUGAUUGUUUUCAAUAAUCUUAAUGAUUGUGUGGAGGAGGAUCUGUCUUAUUUUAGUAAUAUUAAUUAUAAUAGCUAUUUACAAGAGGAUGUUUUAUAUUUAUUGUUUUAUGGUCCUUUAAAUGAAAGAGUUUAUUUAUUAUUGGAAAAAUGGUUUUAUGGUUAUUUACACGGAAAUGAUAAUAGUGGUAGUAGCAGUGCUACUGCUACUAGCAGUAAAAAAGUUGACAAUAUGGAUAAUUCCAAUGAUGAUGUUGACGCAGAAAUUUCUAAUAUAGAAGAAUAUGUUAAGAGACUAUCUCUCAUGGAAGGUGUAGAUGUUUUCUAA